UGAAGAGUAUAUGCAUUCUAGAAUUGUGACCAGUCCAUAUAGGGUGCUUUGAAGGUGUUGAACUGUAGACAAAAACUCUAUAUAUACCCUCCAGUUGUCCUUCAUCUCCACAAACUCAAAACUACCCUCAUUCAAGCCAAUCUUCUAGACUCCUCGGUGUAUUUCUGUUUUUUGAAGAAAAAAAGAAAUGGGGGUUCUUCACCAUAACUCAGAGACGACAACAGCUGUAGCUCCAUCUAGGAUGUUCCAGGCUUUCAUCCUUGAUUCUCACAAUCUUCUCCCAAAGUUGGCGCCACAAUCAUUCAAGAACAUCGAGUUAAUUGAAGGCGAUGGAGGCGUUGGCAGCAUCAAGCUAAUAAACUUCCCUGAUGGAAGUUACUACAAGUAUAUGAAGCACAGGAUUGAUGUACUCGACAAAGAGAACUUUGUGUGCAAGUACACUUUGAUUGAAGGCGAUAGUUUGGGGGAGAAGCUUGAAUCAGUUGUGUACGAGGUUAAAUUCGAGCCUUCUGGCAACGGUGGAAGCAUUUGUAAGGUGGCUAGUGAGUACCACACAAAGGGUGAUCAUGAAAUAAAAGAAGAAGUCUUCAAGGCGAGCCAAGAAAAAGCAGCUGAAUUGUACAAGGUUGUGGAAGCACAUCUCUUGGCAAACCCUGAUCUCUAUGCCUAAGGUUUAAAGCCUUAUCACUCUAAACCAAUUUCCAAAUUGGUUACUAUUAAGGAUUUUGUCGUACUGUGAUAUUUUCCUUUCCUUCUGCUUUAUUUUACAGUAGUGUGAUUUGAAUGUCAGCUUGAAGCCUGAUGGCUAGAGUUCGUUGAAUAAAUUUGUACUCAUUACAAGAUGUUUUCUAGAAAAUUGCCCUCCUCUCAUACAUAUUAAUAAUAUUCCCAGAUUCAUCUACGUAAA